AUGGGUCAAAUCGACACAACAACGAUAGUGGAUGCAAACGCAGCGUCUGUCCCCUCAGCUACGACACGGAAAUUAAAUGGAUCACCAGUGGUGCCAUUAGUGCGUGUAGAAGUUGAUAAGAGAGAGGGCACUACGACUGCAGACAACUGGCAUUAUCCGUCUGUGCUUGCGAAUGAUUUGCAAGGAGUUGAUCUCCCACAGAAGACCAAGGACGAAGUGUUCACGACCGCAUUCGAAUAUGCCCGAACUGUGAUUCCAACAUACACCAACUGGAAGCGCUAUGUUGCAUUCAUGCGCAUCAUCGUCAUCGGCACCAUCGCCGAAUUCCGUGGCAGAUUGGUUGACGUCAUGUCUGGAGAGGACAUGCUAGGCUACAAUCUUGACGAGGUACUCGCCACACUCUUUAUGGGCACUCGAGGCCACGCAGAGAUGGCACGAGAAUACCGCAGCUUCUUGCUAAUCACUGCCGAUAAAACCAGCGACCGGCGCGAGGAUAGACUGUUUAGAAGAUAUGUCAAUGCUUUGGCACAUUCUCCACGUCAGUGGUUCCGCCUACGAGACGCAGAUGCAUUAGCGCGGUUCACAAUUGCUGCGGCGCUAGCAUGCAACGACCUAGACGACAUGUGGUUUACUGAGCAGCAAUUUGAGGUCUUAUGUGAGAUUGGUGACACUCUAUACGACGCUGUCGCUUUUUUCAAACAUCGCUCUGAGGGGGAGACGAACAACACUUUCCAAUACAGUCCCUCAGAACUACGUGUUCCAGCGGUCCGGCGAUGCCGUGAGGUGUUAUGGGCCUUAGACUGUGCCUGGGCUAAUAAACCGAAGCUUUGUGUCGUCACCAACUUUCUCAGGUACUUUGGCGGACCUUUAUUCAUAACGAUGCGGCGUUACCGUUAUGUGGAGGAUGGUUGUACCAUUGGAAACCAAGAAACAGCCGAGAUCGUUUCUCAAGCCCGGCAGAACCGCAAGCUCUGGAACCGGAUCGAUGCGGUUACCUCAGCGCAUUCAAGCAGCAACCGCUACUACCAGGCGCUUGAGUCUGCAGACAUCUUGAUGUUUGACGGCUUGAGUGACAUGUUAACAGCCGACGACGAUCUUCGAUGCGGAAAAUGCGAGUUCCGUAACUCGUACGGCUCCAACGAACUACGCCACUUUGGAGGUGUUAAACUAUGUGAUGAAUGCAAGGAAGACUGGAAAUUGUAUAUGGAGGAACUGCCGAAUCGUGCAGCCAGAGCGUUUGCAGAGAUCAAUAGCUCUGCUUUUCUUACGAAAGUCUCGAAGAUAUAA